ACAAGCCACGAGAAUAGCGGAGAGGCAGCAGCGCAGACGAGCACAGAGGCACGGAGAGGAGCGCACGGGUGGACCGGCCGAGCGUGCACCGUGGCUUUUCACUUUUACGCAGCGGUUUUACCAUUGACAUUUUGCAUUAUAUCGGUUUUGCACGAAAACGGACUACUACGAGGAAACCACACAGCUUCAGUUGAAUUUUGAACUAAGACAUGCGCUGACCAGUUGGGAAUAAUAGUUCAAGCUGAGGACAAAAAAAAAAUCCUCUUGGUCCUUCCUGGUUCCUUCUCUGGUUGCUUUCUACUUUAUUUAUUUCAGAAGGCUGCGCGGGUCUCCGGUGUGCACUGUGAAGAGGUCCCCGGUCCCCACGCUGCUGCAGUCGGGAGGAGGACCGCGCGCGCAGACACAGAGACACUCACUGAUUUCAAACAUGUAUAAAAGAGAAACUGGACUUGCUUUAUGUUUUCAUUUGCACUCUUGAGGACGAUAUCGACUUGCAUUUUCUAACGGUGCUGUUGAAAGCGCAAUCAUCGUAAUCGUAAUUUUACUACGCGCCGGUAGGAAGCUAUACCGGCGUAAGGGUGAAGGCAGAGCUCGGUGAGAAGGACUUUUUGGACAGAGUUGGACAUUGAAACCAGUGGAGUUUAAUUACAGAGCAGAUAUGGAUUUACUUUUGUGGCUGAGUGGAUGUUUGCUGGCGUGCGCACUGGCGUCAGCAGGAGCAGAGGAAGGAGUGUCUGAACCCUGCGGUGGGUACCUGGAUGCCAGCCAGGCGGGAUACAUCACCACACCCGGGUACCCUCUGGAGUACCCCCCUCAUCAGAACUGUCGCUGGGUCAUUACAGCUCCAGAGCCCUUACAACGAAUCGUCCUCAACUUUAACCCACACUUUGAGAUCGAAAAACUGGAUUGCAGGUAUGACUAUGUAGAGAUCCAUGAUGGAAACUCGGAAUCUGCUGACCUUCUAGGUAAACACUGUAGUAACAUUGCUCCCGCUCCGAUCAUCUCCUCUGGACCAUCGCUCCACAUCAAGUUUGUGUCCGACUACGCCCACCAGGGGGCGGGCUUCUCUCUACGCUAUGAGAUCUACAAAACAGGUUCAGACUGCUCCCGUAACUUCACAUCUCCAACGGGGCUGAUCGAGUCUCCUGGCUUCCCUGAUAAAUACCCACACAACCUGGAGUGCUCCUUCAUCAUCAUUGUACCCCCCAGCAUGGAUGUGACCCUCAGCUUCCUGACCUUUGACCUGGAGAAUGACCCCCUGCCGGGCAGUGAAGGCGACUGCAAGUACGACUGGCUGGAAGUGUGGGACGGGCUGCCGGGAGUGGGCCCUCUCAUUGGUCGAUAUUGUGGGACCAGAGUACCUCCUGAGAUCCAAUCAUCCACCGGGAUUUUAUCAUUGUCCUUCCACACGGACAUGGCUGUGGCUAAAGACGGCUUCUCAGCGCGCUACAACAUGACGCAUAAGGAAGUUAGUGAAACUUUCCACUGCAGCAAUCCAUUUGGUAUGGAAUCCGGAAAGAUCACAGAUGAUCAGAUCACGGCUUCGUCCAGUUUUUAUGAUGAACAUUGGCUCCCGAGACAAGCAAGACUCAACUAUAAUGACAAUGCAUGGACCCCAAAUGAGGACAGCAACAGAGAAUAUAUUCAGGUGGAUCUUCAUGUUCUCAAAGUGCUCACGGGGAUUGCCACACAGGGAGCCAUUUCCAAAGAGACUCAGAAGUCAUAUUACGUCACCGCCUUUAAACUGGAGGUCAGCACCAAUGGAGAGGACUGGAUGGUCUACAGACAUGGCAAGAAUCACAAGGUGUUCCAUGCCAACACUGAUCCUACAGAGGUGGUCUUGAAUCGGAUCCCUCAGCCUGUCCUGGCCCGCUUCGUCCGGAUCCGACCACAAACCUGGAAGAACGGAAUCGCCCUGAGAUUUGAGCUGUACGGAUGUCAAAUUACAGAUGCACCGUGCUCGGAGCUGCAGGGCCUGAUGUCAGGUCUCCUCCCUGACUCCCAGAUCUCGUCUUCGUCCAUGAGGGACCUUCACGGUUCCAUGGGUGCAGCGCGCCUCGUGGCCAGCCGCUCUGGGUGGUUCCCUAACCCCACCCAGCCCAUCGCCGGAGAGGAGUGGCUGCAGGUGGAUCUGGGGGUACCAAAGACCGUGCGGGGGAUCAUUACCCAGGGUGCUCGAGGGCUGGAGGGGAGCACCAGUGCGGAAAACAGAGCCUUUGUGCGCAAAUACAAACUGGCCCACAGCCUUAAUGGGAAAGACUGGACCAACAUCAUGGACAGCAAGACCGGCCUUGCGAAGAUUUUUGAGGGGAACGGUCACUAUGACACUCCGGAGGUGCGCAGGUUUGAGGAGAUCGUGGCUCAGUUUGUGCGAGUGUUCCCAGAGCGCUGGUCUCCAGCCGGGAUAGGGAUGAGGCUGGAAGUGCUGGGAUGUGACCUGCCAGAGAGUACCACUGUCCCUGACAUAGCAACCCCCACCCUACCCAAAGUGGAGAAGACCACCCCAGCCAUGAGACCAGCCACCACUCCUUCCUUAUCGGCCGUGUGUGAUUUUGAGUCUAGUCUGUGUGGGUGGUCAGCAGAUCCACAGUCUGGGGUCAGCUGGUCUCUGCACACGGCCAACAGCGGCACCUCAUCGGGACAUGGCACCCACAGCACCCAUGGGAGCAGGCUUGACCUCACUCAGGCCUCCGACAACCUAUCAGGAAACUACCUCCAUGUAGAUGCAGGGCCCCACACUCAGAGGAAACGUGCCCGUCUGCUGAGCCCUGAGCUGGGGCCUGAGUCAGGGCCACUCUGCCUUCUUUUCCACUACCAGCUCCAGGGAGAAGCCCAGGGGAGCCUCAGGGUGCUGCUGCGCGACUCAGACCAGGACGAGACGCUGCUGUGGUCCCUCCGCGGAGACCAGGGAGCGCUGUGGAGGGACGGACGCACGGUGCUGCCACAAAGCCCCAAAGAGUAUCAGGUUGUCUUUGAGGGAUUCUUUGAGCAUCCAACGAGAGGACACAUCCGGAUAGACAACAUUCAUAUGAGCGGCAGCGUCGACCUGGAGCAGUGCACACAGCCUCUCCCAGCGCUGACGCCAGGAAUCACCAACCCCAAACCAAUGGAUUUCGGCAAAGACCCCCUUUUCAACCGACCUACAAUCGAUGAAGAGUAUGCAUUCCCUGGCUGGCCUUCCUCCUUCUCCACCCCCUCCUCAGUAGACUCUGCUCCCUCCUCUGUCACUGUGAUAUCAGAGAAAGAGAAAGACAACACCUGGCUCUAUACUUUGGACCCCAUCCUUCUUACCAUCAUCGUAAUGAGCUCCUUGGGCGUCCUGCUCGGAGCUAUCUGCGCGGGCCUCCUACUUUACUGUACCUGUUCCUAUAGUGGUCUAUCAUCGCGAUCUUCAACCACAUUGGAGAAUUAUAACUUUGAACUUUACGAUGGUAUUAAGCAUAAAGUUAAGAUAAACCAGCAGAGAUGUUGCUCCGAAGCUUGAAAAUUUGAGAACUUAUUUGAACAUUGAAAAUCGACAAGCACUAUGUAACUCAAUGUACCUGCUAUACCGCUGAUGUCCAAAAAGGGGGGGUCAUUCCAGCUCCGAUGUGAGUCUAUGGGAUCUACUAUCUCUUAUGAGGCCUCAAACUAGAUCUUUGCCUGCAAGCAAGCCUGUGAAUGAAUGAAGGAAUGAACAUUUUAACUGUUUUUGAAUCUUGAAAAACCCACUACCACCAGCCUGAAGCCUAUACAUUAUACAAAAGGAGGAAAUGAACUACAACCCCCAUGGUGACAAUCUGGACGUUUUUGGACUACAAAAAUGGCAGCACAGUCAGAUGGGGCUAGGUUGUGAUACUGCAUGAAGUUUUAAAUACUGUGCCAAAAUAGCUGAGCACCUCCAGGCUUCAAGUGGGUCAAGACAUAUCAAGUGGAUGCCUACAGAAGUCUAUCAGAUGUUGCUAACUAGAUUUUAGAUGGAAAAGAAUGGACAUUGCCAUUGGUUGAUUUUUUUAUAUAUAUGAGUUAUAAACAUUUAGGAGAGGUUGCUAUAGCUUCCUUGUCAGUCCGCUCUUCGUGAAUUCAGUGGCAUAGAAAAGUAAAGGUUUUUGCUGUAGACUUGUGUCUAAAGAUAAAAAAAGAUGUCAGCCUAAGUUUGUAAUGCCCUGUAGAGAUCUAUGCGACAUUUUUGUUUACAUUUUUAUUAGCUUGUGUUGACUCCAUGGUUCAAGUUGGUAUUACAGUGAUCUGGCAAAGCAUUAAGAUCUGUGUUAGAUCUUGUUUAGUCCUGGGUUAGACCUGGUUUAGACCUUGUUUAAUCCUAGCUUAGACCUUGUUUAGUCCCAGGUCAGAUCUGGUUUAGUCCCUGGUUAGCCCUGUUUUCUGUUAGGUAUGUGGUCAUAAUGCUUUGCCGGAUCGCUGUAUUUAUUUUGCCACAUUUUGUAUUGCUUUCUUGGCCUAAAGAAAAACUCAAGAAUAGACAGAAAAUCAGAGGUUUAUCUUAAUCUAACAUGCUGUUAUGGAGUCGUGCUUUAGAUUCAGUAUUCUAGAGUCUGUCUUUGGUAAACAUAUAUAUUUUUUGAUUUUUCAACUCCCCAAUUAUGGACAGACACUGUGUGGAAAAAUGUCAUGUGAUUGUUUUUAUUGCAACCUAUGGAUUGCCAAAGACAAAGAAAGGUCUAUUUAUACUGGUGGAUGUCAAAUGGACCGAACCAUCUCAUCCUUGUGUCCACCGAUCGAAGAAAUAAUGAAGGAUUUAUAUCAAAGGAGAGUGGUCCCGUUAACUUUCUUGGACACAAAUGAGCCUUAAGCUAACUACAGUAUAACGCUGUAUCGGAGGACAGCCAUUGAAUAGGGCCAGUGCUGUGGGAAAGACUGAAAACUCACACAUACACAUGCACUAGCAGUCAAGUUUGGACACACUUUUUCAUUCAAUGUUUUUGUUUAUUUACA